CAAACGACAGUUUGAUUUCGGCCGCUGCGUUCCAAUCUGGCUCGGGCUACAAAUAACUUCUUGCCCCCGAUGUCGGCUACUGCUGGGAAACAUGAUCUGCUGGGCGACAGCGUUAGCUAGCUUUAGCUAGGCAGCUAAAAUGCGGAAUGUCAAACAAAGGGGUGGCUGAUUUUGAAAACGUCCACCCAUCCAGCGUCGUUGCCGCUCAUAUUAUCACCAGUUACAGACAAAACAAACGGCCCAGCAAGCGGCGUUGACUGCUCGCCGAUAGCAGUCGUCAUUUUUGUUCCUUCCAUCAUUUACCACGUUCCCAAGAUUGUGACUAUAAAAAGCUAUGGAGCAGUACACCACUGCCACCACAACUACUGGCGAGCAGAUAGUUGUGCAGACGGCCAAUGGACAAAUUCAGCAGCAGACACAGGGCACAGUGACGGCUGUGCAGCUGCAAACAGAUGCGCCGGUGGUGACGGCCUCAGGCCAGCAGGUGCAGACACUCCAGGUAGUACAGGGUCAGCCUCUGAUGGUUCAGGUGAGUGGUGGGCAGCUCAUCACCUCAUCAGGACAACCAAUCAUGGUGCAGGCCAUGUCAGGGGCCCAAGGUCAAACCAUAAUGCAUGUCCCUGUAUCUGGAGCUCAGGGACUACAGCAGAUUCAACUGGUGCAGCCAGGUCAGAUCCAGUUGCAAGGCGGUCAGACUCUUCAGCUGCAGGGCCAGCAGGGUCAGCCCCAGCAGAUUAUUAUCCAACAGCCCCAGACAGCCAUCACUGCUGGACAGAAUCAGGGACAGCAGAUUAGUGUGCAGGGUCAGCAGGUGGCACAGACAGCUGAUGGCCAGACCAUUGUCUAUCAGCCUGUCAAUGCUGAUGGCACAGUCCUUCAACAAGGAAUGAUCACCAUUCCAGCUGCCAGCUUGGCAGGAGCCCAGAUUGUGCAAGCAGGGGGUGCCAACACCAACACCACUAACAGCGGCCAAGGCACUGUGACCGUCACCCUGCCUGUCUCUGGCAACAUGGUUAAUGCAGGUGGAAUGGUCAUGGUAAGACCCUGUGCAGAGAUGGUGCCUGGUGGUGGAGCUGUUCCUGCAAUGCAGCGUAUCCCCCUGCCAGGGGCUGAGAUGCUCGAGGAAGAGCCUCUGUAUGUUAAUGCCAAACAGUACCAUCGUAUCCUGAAGCGAAGACAGGCCCGGGCCAAGCUGGAGGCUGAGGGCAAAAUUCCCAAAGAACGGAGGAAAUACCUACACGAGUCUCGUCAUCGUCAUGCAAUGCAGCGUAAGCGGGGGGAUGGAGGACGUUUCUUUUCAAUCAAAGAAAAGGAGGAUAUGGCUUUGGGCCUGACCCCGCAGGACGUGGGCCAGGCAGACGAGACAGUCGCUCAAAUGAUCAGAGUCUCGUAGCACCAUCAUGGACUUCAAGCCUCCUGACGGUGACCUCUACCCUGCUUGAGACAUCCAUCACUGCUGAACCACCUCCUGCACCUUCUCCGGUUUUACACCCCGUUGGCCCCUUCAUACAGCAAACCACAGCCCAAAUUCUGUUUUUCUUAUUUACACCUGCUCAUUCUGCGAGCUGCCUUUGUGCCUGCUCAGUCUGCAGGCUGUUCUGGUAUUUUCUGAACUGGAGGAUGUUUCGAUGCUCAGCUUUACUGGUUGACCAAUUUUUUUUGUUGGUUUCAUAGGAAGUUUUUUGAACAGGGAUUCAACAUUGGCGUAGGCAUAACAAAAGCCACACAAUGACGCAGAGGAAACUAUACUCUGUUAUAAAUAUGCCAGUGGAUACUAGGCUUGAUUUUUUUUGUAAAUACUUUCUUUUUUUCCCCAAAGGCAUUCAUGUGUUGAUGUGACAAUAGUGUCUUCUCUUUGAUGUAAUGCCCUUUUGACAUUUCUUUAGUUUUUUUACUCUUGUACUGUGGUGAAUGGAUUUGGGUCCACCCCACGUCCACUGAGCAAAAACUGAGAUGUGAUACAAAUGUGAAAAUAUUGUACAGGAAUUUUCUUCCCCAGUGUGCGUUGGAUGUACCUAAUGAGUCACACGAUUCUGUUUUUGCAUUUUAUAAAGUUUGUGGUUAGAGCUAGUGUUUGUAAGGAAAAAAUGGCUCAGUGUACUGUUUCAUUAAUUAGUCCACAUUAAGUGUUUGUUUUAUUUGUUUUCCAUCAUAGAUAACAGACUUUUAAUCGAGCGAAUGCAUCCCAAAUUCUAGAUGCUGGUCAGAUAAUGUACUACAGUGACAUGGAUAAUCACACUCUAAGCUUCCAUAAUUUAUUGACCAAUGUUCUGACAAUAGUUAGUGUUUUUUUAAGGUCUUGAUGUCAUUUGUUAUAUAUUUUAUAACCAUCGGAUGCAGUCUGCAAUAUUACAGUGAACAAAGACUGGACAUUGAAUUUGUUUAAGCCAAUUAAAUUUUAUUCAGUGAUU